AUGCUGGCGAAUAUUAAUGGGCUAGCGGCUCCGACACCACCAGCCGUCCUUCCGCCCACUCCUCGAACCCUGCCAGGGCUUGCACGGACCGCUCCGCCCACUUCGGAUGCGCUCGAGUGCAGCACGUCGCCUACGAAUACGUCCGGUUCGGAUGUGUCGGGACUGUCGUCCACGGAGUUGGCCGCAAUCCUGCUCGCCGGUCAGCAAAACGCCGCCGUCAAACAGGAGUUCCCCGACACACAUGUGAAGCCGGAACUUCCUCCCAUGGCAAAUCCGUUGUUUGGUAUGUCAGAUGCCGCCGCUCUGCUGCAAUUUCUCCAAGCUCAACAGGCGGUUGCGCAGUGGCACAAACUGUACCAGUGCGAAGUGGUGUGUGUUCGUUGGUGUCCACAAUGCCACGAGUUAAUGAAUCCUGUCCUACAUGGGGCGUCCUACCGUGAAUAA